AUGUUGGACUUGAGCUUCCUGACCGAGGAGGAGUAUGAAAAGCUGAUGAAGGUUCUGCAGAGAGAUGCAGAGCUGAAGAAGAAGGAUGUGGAUCGCAUCAGGCGGAUACAAGGCUCCAUCAAGGAUGAAAAGAAGAAGAAGUUUGUGACAGGUGAAUGGUUUUCGGAAGUGAAGGCAAAACGGUUUCAGGAAGACUUGGAGGGGCCAGAUCUACUUCGGGCGUCAAUUAGAAAGAAAAAGGGCAAACUAGAAAGUAAUUGUCUCUGUUAUAUUACAGAUGAAGCCAACAAGCACAUCCAGAUGAGUCUGGAAAGCAAAGCUGCCCCAAGUCCUGCCUUUCCUGAGGACGUUGCUGAUGCAGGAGAGGGAAGAUUCAGUACACCUACUCUUGAAGCCACAGAGCAGAAAAUUUUGCCAAAACUGAAGCCAAGACUUCCUGUCCAGCUGUCUGCAUCAUACAAGAAAUCCAGCAUACAUGGUGUCUCUUCCUCAGAGAGUGACACUGGAAUAAGUCCAUUUGUCACUGCAACAAACAGCUUUCAUUUGUAUGGGAAAGGUCAUGGAGUAUCUCCAUUGCCCACCAAGCUUUCAGAGGAUGCUGUGCCUCAGCAUACCAUUGCAGCUGGAGGAGAAGCUGUUGAUGGGGCCGCCUGCACCGCAGAGGGGCUAAAAUCUCCACCCGAUGAAGCUUAUGCUCCCAGCAAAAUACCAGUUAAGAAGAAACCCGGCAGAACCCUCCCCAGAUCUGAGCAGUUUGGGAAUCAUGUGGGGCCAGCCAAAAACAGCCUUGCACAGAAAGAGCCACUGGCAAGCCCCCGACCACUGCCCACAGAAGGGGAGAGCAGCCGGGUUGGUAAGCAAGGUGUGAACUACACAAUCUCAUCAAUGAGUAACAAGGAGGAGGAUAUCGGCCUCGACCGUGAGCACUUCAGGAACUUGAAGAACUUUUGGGAGAAGGGAGCAGACUCGGUGGCAGUGGGGAACACAGUGGCAGAGCUGGGCUGGACAGAGGCAGACGGCCGGCACUUCAAGCUGUGCCGCUCGCUCUCCAUGCAGUCUGGGCAAGGCCAGGAUGCUGAAGAAAAACCUGGUGCCUUCACCAAAACGAGGACCCCCUACAAAAGGACAAUAAUGUUGUCUUCUAGUGAGGAAGAGCCAAGCUAUGCUACUCCUGCAAGGAAGGGCUUGGGUUCUGUUACACCCAGAUCCACGUAUGCCAAGAGCAGAGGUGACCUGGUUACAAGAAAUGACUCGCUGAGUGAAAGCAAUGGGAAGCUGCUGAUGCCAGAGGAAGAGAAGGUGGGGCAGCACUGUUCCAAGAAAUCCAGAUUGCCUGUGCGAGCACCUUCCAUCCAACUUGAAUUGCCUACCAAGGAUGUGUCUGGCAGCACGCUGGAGCCAGGGACACCUGUGGAGGAGCUGGUUGUGGAGGAAAGGUGUAAGCCCACAGCAAGGUCCCUGGCAAGCAGGGUGCAGAUAAUGAUUGAGCCUGUACUCACAGAUGGUGAAAGUGAUGAUGAGAAAGAGGAAAGAUCUGAUUUGGGCACUCAAGACAACAUGGAAAUAAAUGGAGAGCUACCUGAGGAAAAAAUGUGCAAGUCUUCAGACCAGCCAACACCCAGUGAAGCAUCUGGAGAGAGAGAAGCUGUUCAGGGGACAAACUCAGCUGUUUACUCAGAGGAAGAUGGGGAUCAUUCUCCUGCUGCUCAGACACUGGCGCGAGCAAAUAGCAUUAAUCUUGCAAAGAGCAUGGUGAACAUUUACACAACCACAGAUACAUACAAUAAACCUCAUUUGAUACCACAUCAAUUUCUUGAACCUGAAAGAGUCAAAGAACUGAGCAGAUCCUCUCCUCUCCUAUUGUCUGAGACUGAAUCAGACACAGCUUCAGAAAUCAGCUUCCAGUUUAACAGGCACAAAAAGACACCCAGCAUUGGCAGCCACUCGUCCGACAUGGCUUCCGUCUCCUCGGUGAGUGGCAGUGUGCUCAGUGUCUACAGUGGAGAUUUUGGGAGUGUGGAUGCCCAAGGAACUGUGGAAUUUGCUCUAGACUAUGAUGAGAAGAACCGUGAGUUCCAGGUCCACGUGUCCCAGUGCAAGGACUUGGCUGUAGUGGAUGAGAAGAAAGGAAGAUCAGACCCGUACGUAAAAACUUACCUGCUCCCAGACAAAGCUAGGAUGGGUAAGAGGAAAACGUCAGUGAAGAAGAGGACAGUGAACCCCAUUUACAAUGAAGUGUUACGGUAUAAAAUAGAGAAAAUGGUAUUGCUGAUCCAAAAAUUAAAUCUCUCUGUUUGGCACAAUGAUCCAUUGGGACGUAAUAGUUUUUUGGGAGAGAUUGAAAUAGAUUUGGCCAGCUGGGACUGGAGCAACAGGAAACUCAACUGGUACCCGCUGAAGCCCCGGAGCCUUUCUGCUGUUAAUGGUGUGGAUCAUCGAGGAGUGAUGAGUUUGUCCAUUAAGUAUGUCCCUCCUGGAAGCCUAGGGCCCAAGAAUCCUCCCUCUGGUGAAGUUCACAUUUGGGUCAAAGAUGUCAAGGACCUGCUGCAGUUGCGUCCGUCUGGAGUUGACUCCUUUGUGAAGUGCUAUGUGCUUCCAGACACCAGUAAGAAGAGCUACCAAAAGACCCGAGUCAUAAAGAGAGACACAAACCCUGUUUUCAAUCACACCAUUGUGUAUGAUGGCUUUCAUACGGAAGAUCUGAAGGAUGCCUGUGUUGAACUCACUGUGUGGGAUCAUGAAAAGCUUACCAACCAUUUCCUUGGAGGAAUCAGGCUGGGCCUUGGAACAGGUUUGAGCUAUGGCAUCUCUGUGGACUGGAUGGACUCCACACAGGAGGAGGUGGCGUUUUGGCAGGAGAUGAUGUUGGCUGCCAAUGAAUGGAUCGAGGGAUUGCUGCCACUGCGCUCACUGGCAGGGAGGAAAAAACUGAAAUAA